AUGCGAGAACCCCGAGAUGGAAGCUCGGGUGCUGGUACGAGCAACAUAGGUCAAUACUAUAGGUCCAUGACCCUUACUGAUUUCCUCAAAAGUGGUCCACCCCGGUUUAAUGAAAAUGCCAAUGCGUUAGAGGCUAAUCGAUGGUUUCGAGAUGUCAAGAGAUUCUUAUACACUCAGCACAUACCAGAAGUACAGUCGAUUGAAAUAGUGACUUACAUGUUGAAGGGAGAUGCUCAGGAAUGGUGGCAGAAGUUAUAUCACACCUUGCAGAUGGAGCUAACAGAUAUUCCUUGGAGUAGAUUCAAGAUGGAAUUCUACGGGAAAUAUUUCUUACAUACAAUUCGCAUUGCAAAAGAAUUGAAGUUAAUGCAACUGAAGCAAGAAAAUAUAUCUGCUGCUGACUAUACUCGUGAAUUUGAUAACUUGUGUCAUCUCUCAAGAUUUUGUCAAGGCAAUCCAGCCAACAAUGAGGCGUGGAAGUGUGUUCAGUAUGAGAAAGGGCUUAGAAGAGACAUCUUCAACUGCGUGAGCCCGCAAAGGUUAACGAACUUCCCUGAAUUGGUUAUGAAAAGUCAAUUCACAAAACGUUACUCCAUGAAGUCAGCAAUGUUACAGGAAGGUUAUGGAGAGAUUACUCCAUAUGAGCCGCAUAGAGCCAGACUAGGCAUAUGUUACAGGUGCGGGAAGCCAGGGCAUAUAGCUCAAGACUGUCCACACAAGAAACGCCGGGAUGCAGUCGAAUCCGAUCUUCAGACCCGAGGAUACGAUGGAAGCCUUCGAGCCAUGGAAAGAAGAUUGAUCCUUAUGCCAACGCUUGUAUUACUUAAGUCUAAUGGACCAUUUAAGAAAUUAAUACGAUGCAUUAUUGGAGGACUUAAGAAGCGUGCUGAUGCGACAUCAUGA